ACAGUCAGCCGUAAGUAUAAGGACGUAGCAGAGCACACACCUCUCAUAGGCUGCGUGUGACACAACAGGUCUCUGUGCAGAGGACAUUGGCUCCUGCAAGAACAGGGGGAGACCUUGCCUUUCAUUGCUCUGCUUUUCAUUUCUAAUCUGACAACAAGCCCUUUUUCCUGCCUCAUGGCAAAGUCUCAUUGAUUUUCCUGCUAUUUGUUCAGUUUGGAUGGAUCCUUUUCUCUCCCCAGCUCCAAACCUCUUGCAACUUUAGCUCACCAGCAAAGUUGACUACUAGAUUCUUUUAACCGGCAUUUUUUUGUGAUCUGGAUUUUUUUUAAUACUUUUUCUUUUAACUUAAUUGCCUUCCUAUUCUGCCAGUUUGUACCUGUACAAUUACAAAAAAAAACCCAGAAAAUCCAGCUAAUAUUGUGUGCAUGUUGCAGUCACGCUUUUCCCAGGAUUGCAUUAAACUGAGUUCUGUGCCUGGAAUGUCUUCUCCUGGGGUAUUUCCUCCUGCCCCGGAGGCCUCGGCCGCUGCCCACGUCUCAUCCUAUGAGAGAUACCAGGAGCUGUAUGCAAGAUCAACACAACAUCCAGAUGAAUUCUGGGGCGAAAUAGCAAAUGAAUUUCAUUGGCGUGUGCCACCGGCUCAGCCCCUGCUUCAGUACAACUUUGAUGUCACAAAAGGGAAGAUUUUUAUUGAAUGGAUGAAAGGAGGGGUCACCAACAUUUGCUACAAUGUCCUAGACAGAAACGUCCACAAUAAGCUUGGGGACAAGAUUGCCUUUUACUGGGAAGGGAAUGAGCCUGGAGAUUCCUUGUCCAUCACGUAUUCUGAACUUUUGAGGAAGGUCUGCCAGUUUGCCAAUGUCCUUCGUGGCCAAGGUAUCAAGAAAGGAGACCGUGUCUCCAUCUACAUGCCCAUGGUGAUUGAGCUGGUGGUGGCAAUGUUGGCUUGUGCCAGAAUUGGGGCAAUCCACUCCAUAGUGUUUGCAGGGUUUUCCUCAGAGUCACUGUGUGAGCGAAUCCUAGAUUCCCACUGCUCUCUUCUCAUCACAGCAGAUGGUUUCUUCCGUGGGGACAAAUUAAUUAACUUGAAGUUGAUUGCUGAUGACGCGCUAAAGAAAUGUGCAGAAAAGAACUAUCCUCUGAGUAAAUGCAUUGUACUCAAACACCUUGGUAGAGAUGAAAUUGUUUGUGACGGACCCAGCAAAACAUCUCCUCCCUGCAAAAGACAGUGUCCCAACCUCCAGGGAAAAAAGCAGGAGAGACCAAAAAGAACUCAUCCACAGAUCAACUGGGACCCCUCAGUGGAUAUGUGGUGGCAUGAGCUAAUAAAGGAUGCAAGUGUGGAGUGUGAGCCGGAGUGGUGUGAUAGUGAAGACGAGUUAUUUAUUCUCUAUACCAGCGGAUCUACAGGCAAGCCUAAGGGAGUGGUGCACACUGUAGGUGGCUACAUGAUAUACACUGCUACUACAUUCAAAUAUGUGUUUGAUUACCACCCUGACGAUGUGUACUGGUGCACGGCUGACAUAGGGUGGAUCACCGGACAUUCCUACCUCACCUAUGGACCACUGGCCAAUGGGGCCACCAGUGUUUUAUUUGAAGGUCUUCCAAUAUACCCAGAUAUUUCCCGAAUGUGGCAGAUCAUUGAUAAAUAUAAAGUGAGCAAGUUCUACACAGCACCAACUGCCAUCCGCCUGCUCAUGAAGUAUGGGGAGGAUCCAGUGAAAAAGUACAGCAGGAAGUCACUGAAGGUUCUAGGUACAGUGGGAGAGCCAAUUAACCCAGAGGCUUGGCUCUGGUAUUACAGCGUUGUGGGGGACAAGAGAUGCCCGAUUGUGGAUACAUUCUGGCAGACUGAGACGGGAGGACACGUUCUAACUCCACUGCCAGGAGCUACCACAACCAAGCCGGGCUCAGCUACGUUCCCAUUUUUUGGAGUUGUUCCAGCAAUUUUAGAUGAAUCUGGAGAGGAACUUGAGGGCGAAGCUGAAGGGUAUUUGGUAUUUAAACAGCCAUGGCCUGCACUAAUGCGUACAGUGUAUGGAAACCAAGAACGGUUUGAGACCACGUAUUUUAAGAAAUUUCCAGGAUACUAUGUAACAGGCGAUGGAUGCAGAAGAGAUAAAGACGGGUAUUACUGGAUCACAGGGCGAAUUGACGACAUGCUCAACGUUUCCGGCCACCUGCUGAGCACAGCUGAAGUCGAGUCUGCACUUGUAGAACACUCUUCUGUAGCUGAGGCAGCUGUGGUGAGCCAUCCGCACCCAGUGAAAGGGGAGUGCCUGUAUUGCUUUGUCACGCUACGGGAUGGACAUGAGUUCAACACCACACUGGUUGAUCAGCUGAAGAAACUUGUUAGGGAAAAGAUUGGACCAAUUGCCACUCCGGAUUAUAUCCAGAAUGCCCCUGGUCUCCCCAAAACACGUUCAGGUAAAAUUAUGCGGCGGGUAUUGAGGAAGAUUGCCAAAAAUGACCAGGACCUGGGUGAUACUUCCACGCUAGCCGAUACUGCAGUCAUACAAGAGCUAUUUGAGAACAGGUGUAAAACGCUGCAGUAGGACCGAGCCCAAUGAACACAACUCUGAGAGAAUGUAAUGUCACCAGUGUGUUCCAAAGGGGAGGGUGUAGGUACCCUGGCCUUAUACGUUUCUGUCUGUUAUUGGUCAUGUGUGUGUGUGUGUGUACUGUUUAUAUUACAUUUGUGUUGUACAUUAUAACUCCAUUACAAAGGGGCACUCCUCAUGUUCUAUUGAACUGCAGCUACUUGAAGUCCUUUUACUUUCUUGUUAGGAAUGCUGGGAACUGUAGUUCACAGUAGCUGAUAAGAUCAAAUAAAGAGAAGUAGGGCUCAGUCUAACCUCUUAUGUGCGAACGUAACCUUUCCACGCACAUCAUGAUAGAAUAAAAUUGUACAUUGGCAGGUUACACUGCCACCUUCUCCUGUUUUCUCUUGUAACUGGAUCUAUAGUAACUGUAAGACUGGACUGGGCGACAAAGGGGUGUUUUAAGGGCAUUGCUAAGGUGUUGGUACAUAUUUGGUUUUAAUUCAGUGACUGACUGAGUGAUUAUUCCCUAAAUCAACAUUGUGCUAUUUCCAUUGUAAUUCAUAUGUGUUUUGGGUGAAGAGAUUAGCUAGUCAUAGAGGGCAAGUUUCU